GAGAAAAUGAAGACAUUGUGACAGCCAUCUUAACUGCAACUGUACAUCAUUCUGUUGUCAAUAAAUUUUCUAGAUACUGACUGGAUGCAUUCUAUGUUAUUUACUGUCUUGAUAGAAAAUUUAAUUAAACAUAAAUCACACAAAGAAGAGGGACAGCAACAGCAGUAAUUAGAGUAAUAGCAUUAGCGGCAUCAACCAAAGUGACACCGACAAAAGUAAUAAUAAAUAGUUUCUUUACUGUUCUUACACAUCUCAUUUGAGCAAAAUAGGUAACGUACUACCUCAGAUUGCUGCUCAAUUGAAAGGAGGAGCAGUGACGGUCAGUGAUGUUGGUGCAGCAGACAGCAUGGAUGGCAGUGAGGGGGCAUCGACAUGUGGCACUCCAUCUCACGUUAAGAGGCUGAACAACAAGAGGAUGAAUGGCUCAAAGAACAGGCAGCGACAUGACGAACCAAGUGUUAGUGCCACUACUAAGGCAACUAACAACAGUCAUAAAAAUAAUAAUUACGGGAACAAUAGAUGUAAUAACGGUAAUAAAAUAAUUGUUUCUUGCAGCAGUAGCGUUAAUAAUAAAACUACCAGCAUUUUUAUUAGCAGCAGUGCUAAUGCUAACCCCAGCAACAAGAACAACAGUAGAUGCAACAGUAUUAAUGACAGUAACAACCUCAUUUCAUCUAUAAAGUGCAAUGUUAGUGUAAAUAAGAUCAACAAUGUUAAUAAGAUUAAACAGAAUAAUCAGGACCCUGUAGUUGCCAGCGGAAUGUUAACUGGUAGAACCAAAGUUCUAACUUGUCUUUCUACUAACACAGUGUGCACCAUCGACGUUUCAUCUAUCACAACUUAUAGUUCAAUAACCACAACAGCCAUUCUGACAGUCUGUUGUAGUACUAUCAGUACAAAUACUACCAACAGCAAAGAUAGCAGUAUUAAAAUUAGUAAAAGUUAUGGUUUACAUUCAUUGCAUAAUAAAGUUAUUAAUAACUUCAGUGAUAGAGUUAAAAAUGACAACAAUAAUAAUAUAAUUAAUAAUAUUAAUAUUGAUAAGGAUGUGUCAACAUCAAAGUUCUUUGAAACAUUUGAUACGUCUGUCAGUAACAUUUGCAAUAAUGCUGCUACUGUUGGUAAUAAUAAUAAUAAUAAUAAUAAUAAUAAUAAUAGUAGUAGUAGUAGUAGUAAUAAUGAACAAGGUAUAAUCCAAAAGGACUUAAAAAGCGUUACUGCUAAUGUGAGCAAAAACCUUAAUUCAAACAGACAUCUUGAUGUUAACUUUACAAGGAGUAAAGAUGAUUUCAACUUCGACAACAUUGAUCUUUAUAUUCCAGAUGAAUUUGAGUGCCUAAAUGACAACAUUGGUUUUUCCCUUGUUAAGCAAAAGAAGAAAAACAAUAACCACAAUUCUGGCAAGAAGACAUACAAAUAUCACUCCAGUGGCUCCAACAGGAAUCCUGUUAAUUCCAAUCUCCAACAGUUAAUGGUCCCAAGUAGCAGAUAUUCUUUAGAAUCGUGCAAUGUUAAAAAGAGCAACAACACCAACAGUAGUGGCUUGAAGGCUAAAGGUAAAAGCAUUAAGAUUGGGUUAACAGAUGUGUUAUCAAAUGGUUUCUGUAGUGAUAACUCGCUCUUCGAUGAUGAUGGCUGUAAGGGUGAUCAGAAUGGCGAUGAUCAGAUGAAUUGUGAUAUAAUCAACAACAGAGUUUUCACAUCAUCAGCUAAUGUCAUUAAUGAUAUUAUAAAUCCCCACACUACCAACAAAAGUCAUGUUAAUGAUGAUGAUGAUGAUGAAGAUGAAGAAGAAGAAGAUGAUGAUAGUGACAAUAAUUUUAAUUUGGUUAAUCGUGAGAUGUUGUCAGGAUCAUUUGAAAGCUGCCUCUCUUCAAUGUCGAGUGUUAGUUCCAUUUCCAAUAACUGUAGCAACGCUGGUGUCAGUAACAACUGCAGUGAUAACAUCUGCCACAAUAGCUUCAUUCCUUGUAGUAGGGCUAGAAAUAAUGAUAAUACAGAAUAUAGCUCUAAUGAUAAUGUUGUUUUCACAAAAAAUGUUACUGGCCCCACUACCAACUUGACAUCUGCUACCAACAAGCACUUUUCGGUAACUUCCUCCAGUUCACUUGACAAUACUAAGUAUUCCAGAUCAAUUCAUUGCAGAUCUUCCAAUUUCUCUUGUCACUCAUCACAAGUUGUGAAUAAUGAUAACAAUGAUAACAUCUUCACUGAAGAUGCCAGUGAAACUAAGGGUAGUAAGCUGGAUGUUCUAUCAUCGUUUUGUGAUAAUAUCGACAUCACAUUUAAGACUUCAUUACAUUUGACAACUAAUACCACAGCUUUCACAACUUGUUGUUGCUCAACUGUUUCGACAACAAAUAGUACAAAUUCACAACAAAAAACGGAUUUUUUUAACACUCAACAUAAACUCUUGUAUGCACCACUCGAUGCAGAUUUUACUUUUGGUGAUUUUGCAGCUAAUGUACUUGUGACAACAUCUUUAAAUUAUGUUAAUCCCAUUAGCACCUCCACCAAAAUUUUUGCUAACACUUCUAAUCAAAACAUUCUUAAACCAUCACCACUUUCUAAUGUUCACAGCAGUUUUACAAAUUUCUCUACAACUUCAGACAACUCAACCCUACAAACAUUCCUUACAACAUUAACCUCAGUCCUAUCCAAUACAUGUUCAACAGCCACUCAACCAAUAUUUACAGCUCCAAAUAAUUUUAUCAAUUCCCGGUUUGCUAUUAUGAAUGAUGACAGUGUAACAAAUUUCAGCAACAACUCCACUUCAACUCAGACGACAACAUUUUCUCUGACAACCUCAUCAUUUACAUCGCUAGUGUCAUCACCAACAAUCUCAGUUAAGAAGUCAUUAGCAACACACAAAUUACCUCCAGUUGAAUUUCUCUACAGUUCUUAUGUGCCAUGCAGCAAUUUUGAUGUAACAUUUGGAUCUGGUCUGGAAGAUUUAGUGAAAGAGAUGAAAUUGAUUGAUGAGAUUAACAACAAAAUGAAUUGUAUCAGUUGUCAUAAUUUUUCUGAAAACAAUUUGAAAUGUGACUCAAAUGAUGUUGAUCAAACAUCAAUUCCUUCUAUUUUACCCACUGUUGUCACAUCGAAACAAGAUCUGCAGAUGAGUUUGAAUGGGACAUCAUGUUUAUACAAAGAUGUUAAUUUUAACACAAAGACAGACUGUAAUAAUUCAGAUUCAUCUGUAAUGAAAACAUCUUUAUUAACCACCGUUGCAUUAGCAAAUGUCCCAACAGAGAAAUUUCCACUUAGCAAUGGAUUUGUUAAAGAUAUGAUGGUCAGUGGGAACAAAGAUUUGUCAUCAUCAUCAGUAAUGAUAUUAACUUUGCCUCAAACAGUAAUAACCAUAUCAUCAUCAGUGACGUCAUCAACAUCAUCAUCAUCAUCAAUGACCUCACCAUUGUCAUUAGCAGCAGAAAAUAAAUUGUUGCAGAAUGUUGUUGGUGACCUCCACAAAAUGGAUGAGUUGGAUGACUGUUUCACAUCUCUCCUCAGCAGCAACAACAAAAAUAUUGAUACAAGCAACUAUGUUACUGAUAACAAAGCUGUUAAUAUCAACAACCUCAAUGCUGCUUUUAACUCUAGUGACAGCAGGAUUGCUAGCAACAUUACUAGCAACAAAAACAACAUUACUUGCAGCAACAACAACAACAUUACUUGCAGCAACAACAAUGCUACUAGCGGCAACAAGGAUGUUGCCAGCAACGUCAUCCACAGUGGUAACAGUAAAACAACUAAUGGAAAUAAUUUCAAAAGCAGUAACAGUUUCAUGCAGCCAAGGUCUGAGAAGAGUUUCAACUUGACAGCUGCCCAGAAGUUUCUUCAUGACAGUUUUCAGAAGUCUUAUAAUCUGUAUAUUGCUAAUAGGCCAACACAACAUACUGCCCAUACCGUGGACGAUAGCAAUUUUGGGAAUUCGAUGUCUUCAUGGAUUUGUUACUUUCAUCCUCAGUUGUUAAGCUCUUGCAAGCCUUUCUAUCUUGCAUCCAUCUCUUAUCCUGAUUUAGUCUGCUCAGAAUGCUUGAUGCUUCAUAUUAUUUUGAAUUGGGUACUGAGCAGUCAGUGCAUCAUCAGAUGA